AUGUGGCUGAGAGGACCCGACUCACGCGUUUCGCGAAAGCUGCGUAUUUACAAGAAAGAUACACCACUAGAGACAGGGUCAUCUUCCUGUCGCAAGCCACGCAACCCACAAGAGCUCAAUUCAAGUGCUGAUACAGCUCCCAAUGUCAUUCUUUUAAUCCCCAUCAUCAUCCUCACCGUCGGUCGCGCUCCCUCUCCGAAAACGUCCUCUCCACUUCGACGAACAUCGCCUACAAUGUCUGUAGCAACACCGCAAAGGCCUUUACCAGGCACUUUCUUCAACACUCCUGCCGUCAAUCGAUUCAAUCCUCCUCCGCAGCCUGUGUUCAAUCCGCUCGCGCAACCCGCGCCGCGCCCCACGGCGAAUACUCAAACCCCUCAGCCGGUAGCGCCAGUGUCGCAAUCGCAAUCGUUGGAACCUAUUCAGAGGGCUGCUAGGACAAUCAAUGAGGUCUUGCAAAGGGAUGCGAGUUUUCCCGAUCUCGAUAGUUAUGUCAGACAGGGCAUCUCAUCAGACUACGAAAUCCCAAACCAUGCCAGCGAAUCCGCAUGGUCGCCAUUUCAGCGCACGAGAACCUACGAUAUCCCCGAUCGAAUACUGGAACAAUACAAUCGAGCAGAAGUCUCCACCUCCAUGGGCUUAUUCGCAGAGUUGAACCACGCAUAUGUCACGAUCGAUUCCGCUCUCUACCUUUGGGAUUACACGAAUCCAAAUGCAGAACUUGUUGGGUUUGAGGAGCAAAUACAUCAAAUCACGGCGGUGAAGCUGGUCAAGCCAAGGAAGCGGGUAUUCGUGGAAAGCAUUACGCAUCUUCUAGUCGUUGCAACUACGCAGGAGAUUAUAUUGCUAGGAGUGGCAGCAGGCUCUACGCCCUCUGGAGUGAAAACAGUUGCGCUGUACCAAACGCGCAUGACGCUAGCUAUCCGUGGGAUAAACGUUCAAGUCAUCGAGGGAUCAUCCGAAACUGGUCGUAUCUUUUUUUCUGGCGCGGAUAACGACGUUUAUGAGCUUACUUACCAGCAAGAGGAAAAAUGGUUUGCCAGUCGAUGCGGGAAGAUCAACCACACAAGCACAGGUUAUUCGUCCAUUGUACCAACGUGGAAUAAGAAGAAUGACGAGCACAUUGUUCAGAUGGUCGUCGACGACAGCAGACGGUUGCUCUAUACACUUUCAUCCGAAUCCUCAAUCCGAACUUUCCACAUGGACACGCUUAGCACCCUUCAACAAGUAAUCGAAAAGAAGAAACAGGAAUGUCUGAGAGACAUCAGCCAUAUGAUUUCGCAAUCCCCCUUGCUGAACGAUCAGUUGAAGAUUGUGACCAUCAACCCGAUCUCUGCUCAGGAAGGCUCGAAAUUACACUUGAUGGCAACAACUCUGACUGGGUGUCGCUUGUUCUUGAGUGCAACUCGUGGUUAUGGAUACUCCACCGGCCAAGGUGCCCCGCAAAGUAUGCAAGUUCAACAUAUCAAAUUUCCCCCUUCCACAAAUCCAAAGCCACCUGGAGCUUCUUCAGUGCAAGGUGCAGAUCCCGCAACCGACGUAACAUCUACUGCAUUGUCUUCGAGUCGCAAAGGCAUCCGAUUUCCUCCUGGUCUGUUCUUCUGUUUUGUUUCGAAGCAAGAUAAUCUCGGUGUUGAUUCUCUCUUUCUUUCCGGCCCAGAUACAGGAAGAAUAUCAGCGGAAGCUCGAGCAGUCUCAGCUCAAGCAUCACGGUAUUACGAGACAGGUUGUUGGAUAGCGAUGGGAGGGCGUGCGGAGGCUGUUGGGCUUGUCACGCCAUCAUUUGCCGCAGCUAGACGACCACUUGGUUUUGGCAACGAGCUUGCCGUGCAGUUCGAUGAUAUUCCUGCCCAGGUGGCAAUUCUCACCAACAGUGGUAUUCACAUCAUUCAACGGCGGCGGCUUGUAGAUAUUUUCGCUUCUGCUAUUCGUAGUGGAGGCGGUGACGACGGGCUCGAGGUGGAAAUCAAGAAGUUUAUCCGCCAGUACGGCAGAGGCGAGACGACUGCGACUGCAUUGGCUGUAGCCUGUGGUCAAGGGAACGAUGUUAUACCGGGCGAUAAUCGGGUUGCGAGGGUCAAUGACCCGGAAACAUUAAAAAUUGCCAGAAAGGCAUUCAUAGAAUAUGGUGGUCGGCCUUCGUUGAAUGAGAACUCGGUGUCUGAAGGUCUUUCAAAUGCGGCGGAUAACGUGAGGCCGUCUUCACGACAUGAAGGACUUGCGCUUUACAUGGCACGACUCAUUCGGCCUCUUUGGAAGACGCCGGUCAUCAGGGAAACCAUAACACCAAACUCUGCUAUUUUGAUCACUUCCCCCAUCCAGUCAGACACGUUGCAUGGAGUUCAGGAUGAGUUGGCGAAACUUGCAAGUUUCUUGGAGGAGAACAAAACUUUCAUCGAAGGUCUCUCUGGACCGGACAGUCUUCAGCAUGUGGCCAGCCAAGCGGAGCAGGUCGCUCUCCAAGGCGAGCAUCAAGCGCUCCACUCCCUUCAGAAACUCAAUUCCAGUAUUAUCGAGGGUAUAUCUUUUGUUCAAAUGCUUUUCGAAGAAAGAGUAGACGACAUCUGGAGGAAUAUCGAUGACUUCACAAGGCAGCGAUUCCGGGAUCUCACGUUUGAAGCUCUGUUCUCAACUGACCAGGGGAAGGAUCUCGCCAAGGUUCUCGUGAAAGCGAUUGUCAACAGAAACAUUGCCAACGGUUCAAAUGUCGAUACUGUUGCAGAUGCGCUGCGCAGGCGAUGUGGCAGCUUCUGUAGCGCCGACGAUGUAAUCAUCUUCAAGGCUCAGGAGCAACUACAAAAGGCUGGCGAACCGGGUUCAAGCAGAGACAUGGUCCGCAACUUGUUGAACGAGAGUCUUCGUCUCUUCCAACAAGUCGCCGGUUCUCUUUCUUUCCAAAACCUGCAAAGUGCCGUUGAGCAAUUCUGCGCUCUCCAAUUCUAUGCUGGCGCUAUCAACCUGGCUCUGCUCGUCGCAAAGGAAUCUGAUCGUGGAAACAAGGCCCAGAUGUGGGUCAAUGAAGGCAAACCACAAGAUGAUUCUCGAAGUCAGGUAUACAACUUCCGUCUACAAUGUUAUGAUCUUGUUCAUCGAGUCCUCGUAAGCGUGGAUGAUGAAGCCAAUCAACAACCAGAUGUCAUCGAUGGUCAGACCACCUUAAUCGCCACCAAAAGGAUCGAAGCACAUAGUGUAAUUGAUGACUCGGACGAUGAACUCUUUCAGUUCAAUCUGUACGAUUGGUACUUGGCCCAAGGGUGGGAGAAUAGGCUAUUGGCCGUCGAUUCUCCCUUCGUGGUCCAAUUUUUGACUCGAUCUGCGCCCACUAGUGUGGAGAGAUCUGAUCUGCUAUGGAGAUUCUACGUUCACCGCGAGCAUUUUUACGAGGCAGCUGCUGUUCAACUGGAUUUGGCGAAGAGCGAGUUUGCAAUUCCUUUGGCAAAAAGAAUUGAGUAUCUCAGUCGGGCGAAAGCAAAUGCGUCAACUCAAAGCCCUGGAAUUGGGAGACAGGCACGACAGAUCCUUCUUUACGAAAUUGGCGAAUUACUUGAUGUUGCAAACAUUCAGGACGAGCUUCUUGGUCGGCUUCGCGUAGACACAAGAAUGCCAGCUGAGCGGAGACCGCAAAUUGUGCAGGAGCUGGAUAAUUUGAUAUUGAAUCUCUCCAACCUGUACAAUGAGUAUGCAGAUCCCGCCAAUUACUAUGAUAUCUGCUUAAUGAUCUACGAGUGUGCCGAUCAUCGCAAUGCUGCCGACAUCAACGCUACCUGGCAGCAGCUUCUCGAAACUACCCACACGAAGGUCGCCAGUGAUCCAAGCCAAACUCAACAACCAUACGAAGCUGUUAUUACCAUGAUCAAAGACAUGGCUGAUCGCCUGAAUCAUUCCGAAGUCACGUUCAAUGCAGAACACAUCAUUGAAAUGAUAGAAAAGUAUGCUGCCGAGUAUCAAAACAACAUCGGUCCACGAAACUGGGUAGUCGACUUGUUCGUUGAAGUCAACAUUCCAUACGAGACUAUCGUCGCCGUUCUUCAGACCAUGUGGUACAGUGGCCUGGCCCCUUUCACUGGGCAGGCGCAAAAGAGGAAGUUGGCUGAGCAGAUUGUUUAUACCUGCGAGGAAUGGUAUGAGAAUUGUGUGCGCACAAACACGAGAUUAUACGGCAGCGACGACAACGCUCAGGACAUCAGCGAGCUUCUGGGGUCUUUGAGUCCAACACUUCUACCGAACGAGUCGGCAUCGGCAGACCAAAUCAGACGGAACAUUCAACGAUCUUUUCGUUGA